AUGGUACAUUGUAUUGGGUUAUGUGGUACACUUUUCUUUGCUGGUUAUGACGGCUCUCUCUUCAAUGGUCUUCAAGGUAUCCCACAAUGGCAAGAAUAUUUCGGUCAUCCUACUGGAAAUAUCCUCGGUCUCGCAGGUGCCAUCCUUUACUUACCUAUGGUUGUCAUGGCCUUUGUUGCCGACUGGGUAGCUACGAGAUACGGACGUCUCAUUGCUAUAUGGAUAGGAACUGCGAUUGUCAUGGCUGGGGCCAUUGUCAACUCCGCUUCGACAUCUUGGGGAAUGUAUAUCGCUGGUAGAGCUGUGAUGGGUGUAGGAAGUGCUUUCUGCUUAACAUGUGGUCCUACACUGGUACAAGAAAUCGCCCAUCCUCGUUAUAGGGCCACUGUUGGAGGAUUUCUUCGACAGUGCAGUAUUUACUAUGUGGCCGCUAUUAUCUCUGGUUGGACCUGUUAUGCCACCCUCAGUUAUACGGGAAACAGAGCCUGGCGACUUCCAUGUUAUCUUCAACUCCUCGGGCCUGGCCUUGUCCUUCUCAUGACGGCGACUGCUCCUGAAUCUCCUCGAUGGCUUGUGUCAAUCGGUGAAAACGAAAAGGCUCGUGAACUUCUUGCCAAACAUCAUGCCAAUGGCGAUCUCGCCGAUCCUCUGAUCAACUACGAAUACGAAGAAAUAGUCGCUGCUCUCGCCGAUGAAGAAGUUUCAAAGAAAGUAUCUUAUAUGGAUUUCCUUGCCACUUCCGCCAAUCGACGUCGUUUAAUCGUCAUCCUCACCAUUUCAGUCGGUACCAAUUGGGUCGGUAAUGCUCUCGUAGCUUAUUAUCUCGCUUCUAUCCUAAACAGUAUCGGUAUAACCUCUCCUAAACAAAUCGAAGCUUUAAAUGGUGGGAUGGCCAUUUGGAAUUUAAUCUUAGCUUCACUUGCUUGUCUUUAUGUGGAACAACUUGGAAGACGUUUUCUUUGGUUAGCAUCUACCAUUGGUAUGCUUUUAUCUUAUUGUGUUAUUACCGGUCUUUCAGCUGGUUAUGCUCAACAUGGUACUAAAGCUGUCGGAACCGCUGUUAUUCCUUUUCUUUUCAUAUACUAUGGGUUUUACGAUAUCGAUUGGACACCUUUAGCAUACGCUUAUCCAGUCGAAAUACUCCCUUAUCAUAUGCGUAUCAAAGGUAUGGCUAUUUGGGUAUCUGUUCAAAAUGUCGCCAUUGCCGUCAAUACUUGGGUUAAUCCAAUCGCCCUCGAUGAUAUCGCUUGA